GCGCAGAAGAAAGACAAAGAGUUAGCCCAUGCGAGCAGUGUGUGGACUGAGUGCAGCUGUUUCGUUCCGAGCAGAGCCCAACAUGUGAGAAGAUGUCUGUUGGAGGUUGUGCUUGUCCUGGCUGUUCGUCAAAGUCAUUCAAGCUGUACUCUCCUAAGGAGCCCCCCAACGGCGGCAGCUUUCCCCCCUUCCACCCAGGCGCCAUGCUGGACAGAGAUGUGGGGCCUACACCCAUGUACCCCCCGUCAUACAUGGAGCCUGGAAUGGGGAGACCCUCACCGUACGGGAACCAGACAGACUACCGGAUAUAUGAGCUGAACAAAAGGCUACAGAAUUGGACAGAGGACUGUGACAAUCUCUGGUGGGAUGCCUUCACCACAGAGUUUUUUGAGGAUGACGCCAUGCUCACAAUCACUUUCUGUCUGGAAGAUGGACCCAAACGAUACACCAUCGGUAGGACGUUGAUUCCACGAUACUUUCGAAGUAUUUUUGAGGGGGGCGCCACUGAGCUGUUCUAUGUUUUGAAGCAUCCAAAGGAGUCCUUCCACAGUAACUUUGUGUCUCUCGACUGUGACCAGUGCACCAUGGUGACCCAGAACGGCAAACCUAUGUUCACACAGGUUUGUGUGGAGGGCCGUCUGUACCUAGAGUUCAUGUUUGAUGACAUGAUGAGGAUCAAGACGUGGCACUUCAGCAUCAGACAACACAGAGAGGUCCUACCUAGGAGCAUUUUGGCCAUGCAUGAUCCCCAGAUGCUCGAUCAGCUGGCUAAAAAUAUCACCAGAUGUGGGCUGUCCAAUUCCACGCUCAACUACCUCCGUCUAUGUGUGAUUUUGGAGCCCAUGCAAGAGUUGAUGUCCAGGCAUAAGACCUACAGCUUGAGCCCCAGAGACUGCCUGAAGACCUGCCUCUUCCAAAAGUGGCAAAGAAUGGUAGCACCUCCAGCUGAGCCAGCCAGACAAGCUCCAAACAAACGGCGGAAAAGGAAGGUGUCCGGUGGAAGCACUGUGAGCUCCGGAGGCGGCAGCAAUAACAACAGCAACAGCAAAAAGAAGAGUCCAGCCAACAGCUUUUCACUCUCCAGCCAGGUACCUGACCUGGUUGGAACAAAAACCUGUACAGUGCCGGAGCUUGAGGACCGGAGUUGAGAACCACUACGCUAAAUCUUAAACACACACUCACACACACAUGCAUACACAAACCACACAUACACACUGACACACAUGCACACACUAACACGCACACACUUCCAUACACCAACAGCAUAAAACAUAGAGGUACUGGAGAGAGGUGGUACGCAGCAUGUCUGGACCAGAGCACCAGACGCAACAGAAGUGUGUUUUCAUUUUCUAUGUUUUAGACUUGUUUUGAAUUUUUUUUUAUUUUUGUAAACAAUUUCUAAAAAAUGGCAAGCAAGCAAACAAAAACACCCCAGAAUAUUCUUUGCACUGUUUUCCACUAUUAACUCCAAUCUAUUUUUCUUAUGAAUUGACGGUGUAUUAUUUUUUCCUUUUCUAUUAUUAAUAAUGUAAGAACUGUAAAACAUCUGAAACCUGCAGUAUAUUAAUGUAAAAGUAUUGCUGUUAGAUCAUUCUUAUUGUGAUGGUAAUAACUUUCAUGUAAGUAUGUGCUUGAUAUAGCGUCCUCCAUCUGUGUCAGACAUCACACUGUCAGCAGGUCCAUUGGCUUCAGUGCUAGAAAACAGGUUGGGGAGAACAAGGCAAGUGUUUUAAUACCGUAAUACAUCUUGUUUGAGGCGAGUCCAAAGCAGCACACUGGAAACCACUUUCCCCGCUUAAUUUCCAUCAAGCGCCUGGUUUGGAUCUGUUGACUUGUCAUUGCGGAACUGUUUGCUUUGUCUUGAAAUUUCUAUCUGGGGGGCCUCUCUUCAGAGAGCAUAGUAAAAGAUAACUUCUCAAAUUUGCUACUCAAAAGUAUUUUAAAAACAAGUUUUGACAGGAUUGUAAAAUAAGAAAAAAGACUUUUGUAUUAACUUAAGUUUCCCAGAAAUGUUUUUAAUCACAAUUAAGAAAGCUGCAGACCAAGGAGCUACAUGUAAAGAUUCUUUAGAUAUUGAUUACACUGUGCUGUUUUAUGUUUUAUGAAGAAUCAUUUUGUUGGCUUUGAUCCCCAUGUUUGUGUCUGUGCUUGUAUAUUUUUAGGUAGUAAUUUCUGUAAAAGUUAUUCUAUGUAAUCCUCCUUAGAACUAUGAGAAACUCAAUCUAAUGUAAAGAGAUGAAAAGCCUCCUAAAAGUUUUUUUUAAACGUGAUUUUUAAUGGUACAAUCACUGAUAAAAGAAUUUUGCCCUCAUUUUAGCAAACUGUAUUUAUUUUUCUAUGUAUUGACAUUCUGUUUAAGUCCCACCCACUUGUACAAUACUCAUUAUAAUAUAUGGGGGAGUUUGUGGGGCUGCUGAGUCAGUUAAUGCUAACAGAGGCCAUUCCAUUGUGUUUUUUGACUUCCGUUUUCCAGGUUACUCUGACCUCUUUAUUACAAUGGUUCAGUAAGUUCACAUUAAAGAGAGAUGUAAUAGUCAUUUUGCGCUGUUGUAGGUUCCUGGUCUGCCUGAAAACGGAUCAGAUUCACUGAAAACCAAUGGAAAAACCCCAUUUAGAGAAAAUGUUAGUCAUCCUUUUUUCUCUGAUGUUUUUCUAUUUUAUUAAUUAAAUGUGCCACAAUGGUGUAACCUUGAGUGGAAUUUAAUAACGUAUACCUAAAUGUUCAAUCAUAUGAUUUUUGGUUUUGUAAUGUAAUUGAUAUAUUUCAGAUACAUUUCAAAUCUACAACUGAUGAGUGAAAAAUUCUGUUUCAUUAUGAAUUAUGCUGACCAUUGAUAUUACAUCUUAUACUGAGGGAAAAAGACUCUGGGCUUGACCUUUAAGCUGCUGUGUCCGGGUUUUCUGUUUGCGUGCGUAUGAUGGAAAAUGUUGCCUGACUCAUGGGUUGCAGAAUCACACAGAUCCCAGCUGACAGCUAUUGGAUAGUAAUUUGCAGAUUCUCCCAGCAGGGGUCUCUCUCAGCACCAGUACAGACUGUCAGAAAUUCCUCGAUCAUAAUAUCUGGCAGAAAUGAGCUACACAGAGCUGCAGGCUGUUUUUGUUUAAAUCCUUUUUCAUUGUCUCUAGCUCCCCUAGUCUACUUUUGUGGUGUAUUAACAGAAUUGAAUCUGGGGGCAACUUUUCAACACCCAGUGUUUCCUAAGUUGACCUAAUUUAGGGAAUAAGGGUUUGUGAUAUGUGAGACAGAGCUGAAAUGGUAAUGCACCCAUAGCUGGCUCCUGUAGCACCUCACCAUAGGGGUGAUUUUAUAUCUAUAUUUUUUGCCAGGUUUCUGUCUGGUAAUUCAUGUAUGGUAUCAAUAAAGAUGAAUUUUCACUGAAAAA